GGGCCAAACAAGUCGAUGCCAGUGUCACGAAGAUGUAUAAAAGUCCACAACACACACAGUUCCUGCUUUGAUUUAGAUUUCGAUUCAAUCAACAUCAGAGUUAGGGUUCUUGGAUUGAUGAUGAUGGGGCGUUUCGCUCUUCUUCUCCUCCUAGCUUUCGCGUCGCUGCAGCUCCUUUGCUUCGCCGCCGAUGAUGAUUUGGUAUUUUAUGAUUCAUUUGAAGAGUCAUUUGAUGGGCGAUGGGUCGUCUCUGAUAAAGAUGAUUAUAAAGGUGUAUGGAAGCAUUCAAAGAGUGAAGGGCAUGAUGACUAUGGUCUUCUUGUGAGUGAGAAGGCAAGGAAGUAUGCAAUAGUGAAUAAGCUUGACGAGCCUGUGAGUCUCAAAGAUGGAACCAUUGUGCUUCAGUUUGAGACUCGCCUCCAGAAUGGACUCGAAUGUGGUGGUGCAUACCUGAAAUAUCUUCGUCCUCAAGAGGCUGGGUGGAAGCCUAAGGAAUUUGACAAUGAAUCCCCUUACUCUAUCAUGUUUGGACCCGACAAAUGUGGGGCCACAAACAAGGUGCACUUCAUCCUGAAGCAUAAGAAUCCUAAAAGUGGGGAAUACAUUGAACACCAUCUUAAAUACCCACCUUCUGUCCCAUCUGACAAGCUUACUCAUGUGUACACUGCCAUCUUAAAGCCUGACAAUGAAAUUAGAAUUCUGAUUGAUGGAGAGGAGAAGAAGAAGGCAAACUUCCUCUCAGCUGAAAAUUUUGAGCCUCCACUUAUCCCUGCUAAGACAAUUCCUGAUCCUGAUGAUAAGAAACCUGAGGACUGGGAUGAGAGAGCAAAGAUUCCUGAUCCAAAUGCUGUGAAGCCAGAUGAUUGGGAUGAAGAUGCACCCAUGGAAAUUGAAGAUGGGGAGGCUGUGAAACCGGAAGGAUGGUUAGAUGAUGAGCCUGAGGAGAUAGAUGAUCCUGAGGCAACCAAGCCAGAAGAUUGGGAUGAUGAAGAGGAUGGUGAUUGGGAAGCCCCAAAAAUUGAUAACCCAAAUUGUGAAACAGCCCCUGGUUGCGGUGAAUGGAAGAGGCCAAUGAAGAUGAAUCCAGCUUACAAGGGAAAAUGGUCUCCCCCACUAAUUGACAACCCCAAUUACAAGGGUAUUUGGAAGCCUAGGGAGAUUCCAAACCCCAACUACUUCGAGCUUGAAAAGCCUGACUUUGAGGCUAUUGCUGCCAUUGGUAUUGAGAUCUGGACAAUGCAAGAUGGUAUAUUGUUUGACAAUAUUUUGAUAGCCAAAAACGAGAAAGUUGCUGAGUCAUAUAGGGAGACCACAUGGAAGCCAAAGUUUGAUGUUGAGAAGGAAAAACAGAAGGCUGAGGACGAAGCUGCUGGUUCAGAUGGGCAUGCAGGCUUCCAGAAAAAGGUCUUUGAUAUCCUAUACAAGGUUGCUGAUAUUCCGUUAUUAAGUGAAUACAAGCUUCAAAUUCUCGAUCUCAUUGAGAAGGCCGAGACACAACCAAACCUCACCAUUGGUGUCCUAGUCUCUAUUGUGGUGAUUAUCCUCACGGUUUUCUUCAAGCUCAUUUUUGGUGGGAAGAAGCAACCAAGAGUAGAGAAGAAACCAGAGGUUGCUGAGACAUCAACUGAUCAAGGAAGCAGUGGAGAAAAGGCUGAAGAGGAAGAGAAAGAAGAAGCCGCUGCUGCUCCUCGACGAAGGCGGCGUGACACUUGAAACAAGUCAUAAAAAGAGGUGGCCGCCUGGCCGGUGAUUAUCAGUUUUCACUUUGGGCAAAUUUUUGCGCUUUAGGUGGUUUUCGUAGCCGAAACAUUCAUGGUCCUUGUGUUUUUAAAGUUUUACUUCUGAAUAUUAUAUGUAUGAAUUGAAGAGUAUUUUUUUCUGCCUCGAAAAGCUAAAACCAAGUAGACGGAGUUUGAAGUUUAUCAUAUUCCGCUGCUAAAGCAUGGUUUUCACUUUUAAA